GCGGUAUUAGACAGUGGUCGUUUGUUACUCCUCCCCUGCUCGUGAUGAAGAAGAAGGGAGUCGCAGAAUGGAGGAUUUAUUUUGGAUCCCACCCUGCUUCCAUGUUAUAAAAAGAGGCGAUGGCUACAUUUCGGGGAUUAUCAACAAUGAAAAUGAGCUGACCACAUUGUUGGAGAGCCACAGCCGGGCCACUUAUACCUCAUACAUCAAGUGGUCUGACCAUACGAGAGAAACUUGCAACAAUGGACGACAGUUUUGGCAAGUGGACGACUACUCAGAGGAUGUGCCCUUGUGUGUGCGAAGGAGAAUCAUACUGUUGUGUCAGCACGGCAAGGCUUAUGUGAAAAAAGCCAAGGAGGAAUGUCGGGAUGUGGAACAGGAAAAUAUAAAAAGACGGGUUCGCAGCUCAAAGAAACUAAACUGUCCAGCCAAACUAUUUAUACGACACAUUACAAGGUAUGACACGUUCAGUGUCAAAGGGGAUGCUUCCAGGACUCGAAAAGAAGAGGCUAUGAGAAGACUUAAGCUGGCACUGUCCGAAACACAUCCACCAACAUCAACAUUUCUGCACGUUAAACUUCCACUGGUAGAAGCUCACCGGAAUCAUGACAUUUACCCCAGUAUGAUGAUCAGCGGCUACAGCGGCGGGGUGCAGAGCAUGGUUGAAGUUGAAUCCAGUGGUGAAGGGGCUCUGCAAAUGGAAAAUGAUGGUUGUAGAGUAGAGGGGAACAUGGACAUACAAGAUAAAAAGAAAAUUAAAUUAGCACAGCAAACCUUCAGAAGAGAGCUGAAAAGACUAACAGAAGUAUCAUAUUUAUUUGAAGACCUUAAAUCUUUAAAAACAACAUCUGCUUUGCUGAAAAAUAUAAGACAGUCUAUGGAAGCACAAUGCCGUAAAGAAAAUGGACCAAAUAAAGAGCAAAAUGGUAGACCACAUGACAAACCGAAGACCAAACAGUCUAAGAAAGAUAAAUGAAACAGAUUGAGGUUUGUUGUUUUUUUUAAAUGGCUCCUCUGAUUUUGUGUUCUAUAUUUUAAUUGCAAGACAAUAUUAAGUCCAGGAGUUUAUGUUUCUGUUUGAAAUGGGUGAAGUGUGGAGAGAGUCUGCAUGUCUGUGGGAUUUUUCAUAUUAUAUUUAUGCCAUCUAACUAGAUACUGAUAUAGCAAGCUAAAUAAUUAUUUAAAAUGCAGUCCACAAAAAUGGAGCAGAGUUAGUUUUCUACUUACUGUAUAGUGUAUUGAAUUGUCACUUUUAAAAUAAAAAGUAGGUCACACAAAGUUGAUCAUAAAUGCACUUAA